UCAUUACGCGCAACUUCCGUUGCGCCGCCAUUUUGUGAAUGGACGCCGUUGCCAUCGACAUCCUGAAAGCAGACUAAAACAAACGCGACUGUGAGCCGAACUAAACACGAAUUACAGCCCGUUCGGUCGAGUUUAACCCUACGACGUUUUCCCUCAGGAAAAACCACCGUGAUAGCCCGUGUUUUCGCCGAGAAUUGAUCAAAGAUGUCGGAGGAGCAGAUUCUGGGCGAAGACCCGAUGAUGAUGAAGAUGGAGGAGAAUGAUGGAGAGGGUUUUGGUGAAGAGGACAUCUCCGGGGCUGAUGAUGGUGGGCAGGGAGAAGCUGAGGGAUCGAAGAUAGAUGCGAGUAAAAACGAGGAAGAUGAGGGGAAAAUGUUUGUUGGAGGGUUAAGUUGGGACACGACGAAGAAAGACCUGAAAGAUUACUUCACUAAAUUUGGAGAGGUGGUCGACUGCACCUUGAAACUGGAUCCUUUGACGGGCCGGUCCAGAGGAUUUGGCUUUGUUCUGUUCAAAGAUGCUGAAAGUGUGGAAAAGGUGAUCUCACAAAAGGAGCACAAACUGAAUGGAAAAGCGAUUGACCCUAAAAAAGCAAAGGCAAUGAAGUCUAAAGAGCCUGUGAAGAAGAUAUUCGUAGGAGGUCUUUCACCAGAUACUCCAGAAGAGAAGAUCAGAGAGUACUUUGACGCCUAUGGAGAGGUGGAAUCCAUUGAGCUGCCAAUGGAGAAUAAAACAAAUAAAAGACGAGGUUUUUGUUUUAUAACAUUUAAAGAGGAGGAGCCAGUAAAGAAAAUUAUGGAGAAGAAGUACCACAACAUCGGUUUAAGCAAGUGUGAGAUCAAGGUGGCCAUGUCAAAGGAGCAGUACCAACAGCAGCAGCAGUGGGGCGGAAGAGGAGGAUACUCCGGCAGAGCCAGAGGGAGAGGAGGUCCCAAUCAGAAUUGGAACCAGGGAUACGGAAAUUACUGGAAUCAAGGUUAUGGAAAUUACGGGAACUAUGGCUACAACAAUCAAGGCUAUGGUGGAUACGGGGGCUAUGAUUACUCGGGUUACAACAACUACUACGGAUAUGGUGACUACAGCAAUCAGCAGAGCGGCUACGGCAAAUCCCCGAGGCGAGGCGGCCAUCAAAACAGUUACAAGCCGUAUUAGCGAGAAACGCGUUGCAGGUAUGUUGUGGCGCGGCUCACGCCGACGCACCCUUAGCGUGUAAAUCAAUUCUAAUUUUUUUGCAAUGUACAUUGCUUAAUUUUUGUUCUCCUUUAAAGUUUCACAGCACCCUGAAGUGCUUUACAGUAGUGGUAACAUAGAGACUAUGUUGGCAGUAAUGUAACAGCUGGCUUUUGGCUGUUUCUUUGCCAUUUUGUUUAAGUGUAAAAAUUAACAGGUACAGUACUGCUAAAUGGGUACCAGAAAAUAAGGAAUUACAAGGAAAGAAAACCGAAGAAUGUUGUCUCCUAACUCUGACAUAUACCUUGUUUGUACCUGCCAGCGGGGACUUCCUUGCAGGCCAUGAGCUGACUUCCCGAUUGUCUCAGGCCCGCUCAAUGCGGACAGGGUACGAGAGGCGUACGCUCUCGAAUGCUCCCAUUUGGUAUGGUCUUCCAACAUCCUGUAUACGAAUUGUACAAUCAAAACAGCUACAGCAACAAAAACAAAAACAUAAAAAGGACACGUCAAGCUUUUAUCUUCUUACUUUUCUUACACGCAAGGGCGAAUUGAAAGUCAACCCUGAGAGGAGAAAACAAGAGGGCCUGACUUAUUUAAUGUGGAGUUGAUCGACACGUUACUACACUUUGGUGGCCAUUUAACUCACCAGCUCAUUUAAAUAAGAAAUUACUUUAAAGGACACGUGCUAAAGAACAUUUCAAAUGAUAACGUCCUGCAUAUUUGUUCUUGUGUUUCAUUUGUUGUAGCUUGUGUGUUUAUAAUCGUAUUCCCUGCUGUGUUGAGUACAGUGAACUACAGAGAGCCCAGAUCAUUUAGAAAUUAUUUGUAUACAGGUCUAUUAAUUUAUUGCUUAAGUGCAUACAUUUAAUAUCAUUUCAUAUUGCAGUAUUUUGCUACAGAGUCAUGUAAACCAUUGGAAAAGACGGAAAAAAUAAAGUGUAUGAACCUUA